CCAAAAGUGCGGUAAACAAUUGGAACGCUUUUAUAUAGAUAUUUCGGCAUUUGCAGAAUCAAAACCAAGUUACUUUGCAGUGUAUUUGCGUCGGUGAAUCAUAUAAAUCGUUCAUCAUGAAUGCGCCGCCCACCUUCGAAUCUUUCCUUCUGUACGAAGGAGAGAAAAAGAUCAUCAAGGAAUUGGACAUGAAAGUGCCUAAUGCGGCAAUUUUCACCGUAAACAAGGAAGAUCACACUCUUGGAAAUAUGAUUCGCAACCAACUGCUCAAGGACCCGAAUGUAUUGUUUGCUGGCUACAAACUUCCCCAUCCGCUGGAGCAUAAAUUCGUUCUGCGCAUCCAGACGACGUCGGAAUAUUCCCCUCAUGAAGCGUUCAUGAACGCCAUUACCGAUCUAUUGUCCGAACUGUCGCUGUUCGAGGAGCGAUUCCGCGAGGCGAUGAAAGAGAAGAAGGAAGGUGGCGACUAGGACUACUCGGGGUGGAAGAUUAUGCACACGCGGCGAAUGGCGACGAGAAGGAUUUUCGGAUUCAUUUGCAGUCAGAGUUUGUAGGAGUUAUUUUAGAAUUUAAGAUAAGAGACCUACAUUUGUAACAGUAUAAAUAUUGAGUUAUUCUAUCUAUCAUACUUGAUAUCUUGUGGUUGAAAUUAUCCGAACGCAACAAGCUGUUGAAUCUAAAACAAAACAAAUGUGUGACAUUUUAUGAAAUCUAUCCGAGACAAAAAAACAUUCGAACUAGUCGAGUUUAAGCG